CUUUGUUCCUCAGCUUGGUCUGCUUUAAAAAAAAAAACGGGUUUGGGAAAGAAUCCCUGGAAUUUGUUUCCUGUGAAAUUCCUAGCAGAGAGCAGAGAGCAGGGUUGGAGAGCGAUGGAGUAGGAGUACCAGGGCUGCUGUUGUGUUCACAGCGCUCGGUCCCUGCAUGGGGUUACAGCGGCUCUCUGUGUGAGAGAGUGAGGGGGUACCGCGGCUAGCGAGCCCGACACAGCCAUGGCAGAACCCCUGCUCAGGAAGACGUUCUCCAGACUGCGGGGCAAAGAGAAAGCGAGGAGGAAAACAGACCCCAAAGACAGAGACGCAACUGCAAAAGCUGCCUGCGGCGAGACGAGCCACACUCAAUCCUGCUGCCCAGCCGACGAAACAAGCAAACGAGGAACAUUCAUCACCGUUGCCAAGAAACAAAACUGGGCCAAGCUUUCCCCUGCCUGUAGGGAGCAAAGCUGCCUUCCCAGCAGUGCCUGUCCUCGAGCCCCAGGACUGAGGAGCCAGGAGUGGGAUAGCUCUGCAGGAAAGUCCCCGGCUUAUGAGAAGGGCCUGAAAUCCGUCUCGUCAUGCUGUACCGUUGCUCCUACAACCCAAAGCAGCCGUGUUUUGGACAGCCAGGAAAUUACUCUACAUGCUCCACGUCUUCCUUCAAGCAAAGGUCUGACAGAACAAGGUGUCCCUGAGCUCCAGACACCCGUCCUGAGCUACUCUGAGCUUUCUACAUCAUCCAGUUCCAUUAAAAUCACCGGGCAAGGAGCUUAUCUCCAGAGCCUGGACAGGAGCAGCCGAGCCUGGGUUCUCUCCUCAGGAAAACCCCAGGCUUCUGAGGAAGGCCUCAGGCCCCCGUUGAACUGCAUAACCGAGAGGAGGCUGAGGAGGGACGAGGAAAGCAAGGGGGACAUUUGGUACAACCCCAUCCCCGAAGAGGAAGACCCCCGUCGUUUCUGUAACCCGUGGAAACGGCGUGAGGGGCGGGGCUCUCCUGAGUGCCAGAGAGGUGUGACUGACAGCAGGCGCGUGCAACGGGCUGGCAGUACUGCCCGGCCUACCAGAGCACCAGGAUGUGACACGCUCGGUGUGGACGCCCAACCGCCUUCCAGCUGCUCGGAUAUUCACAGUCCCUGGGCGACCAAUCAGCUCACAGCCACUAGAAUGGAUUCCCAGGCUCCGGACAGUGCUGGAGCCAGGAAUGAGAGCGCAGAUAUUCUCCCAGCCCCAGCCCCUGUAGUGUCUCCAGGGGGACCUCCUCCCUCGGACAGCCCGGCCGCUCAGAAGAAGCCCGGGGUGAUGGAGCGCAUCAGAUCCCCCGGCACUGUCCGCAGCCUCUCCAUGAGGAUGCGCAAACUCCCCGAGCUGCGGCGCAAACUGAGCCUUCGUUCCUCCCGGACCAGGCAGGGGACCGGCGACGGCACCUCUCCCCAAAACGCACGCAAGGAAUCGGGAAACGUCAUCAGCAGGUACCACCUGGAUACCAGCGUCUCCGCUGGGGACGGGCCUCGCAGACGCAGGAUCUCCUCCAAGCGAGGCAAAUCCGCCAGUAAAGGAGGCUACCUGAGUGACGGCGACUCCCCGGAACUGCUGCCCAAGCACGACAGCGCAGGAGAACCGCAGCAAGAGCAAAGGCCGGAUCCUGCUGCCUUCCGCCCGUACAGUCUGGCAGACCAGCCCCGGUGCGCUCAGAGGUUGUCGGGCCUGCUGAGUGUCCACCUCUCCGGGCUGGAGGAGGUGAAGUCUCCCCGCGUCGACUCCAAGGAGGUGUUCUGUGCUAUCCAGGUGGACGGGGUGACCAGGGCCCGCACCGCCCUCCUCACCUGCAGGGCCAGCUUCCUCAGCCUCAACCACACCUUCAACCUGGAGCUGGAGAGCGCUCAGCUUCUCAAGCUGGUGGUGUCAUCGUGGGACUCUGGCGCCAAUAGGAACAGGGUCUGCUGUCUGGGGGCAGUCGCCAUCCCACCGCUCUUCAGGGGGUCCCGCGCUCAGCAGCUGGCAGUGAAACUGGAGCCACGGGGGCUGCUCUUCGUGAAGAUGACCCUGGUGGAGCAGUGGGACGUCCCACCCAGGCCCAGCGACAGGGAGCCCAGGGUCUUCGGGGUAGAGCUGCGCCACCUGGUGGACAAGGAAGCCUCUGCAGUCAAAGUGCCACUGCUGAUACAGAAGAGCGUCUCCGAGAUUGAGAAAAGAGGACUCAAGGUGGUGGGUCUCUAUCGACUGUGCGGCUCCGCGGCUGUGAAGAAGGAGCUGCGAGAUGCGUUUGAGAAAGACAGCACAGCCGUGAACCUUUCUGAGGAGCUCUACCCAGACAUCAACGUCGUGACGGGUAUUCUGAAAGACUACCUCCGGGAGCUGCCCUCCCCUCUCAUCACCAACACUCUGUAUGAGGUGGUCCUGGACGCCAUGUCAAAGAGACCCCCCAAGAGCGCCCCCAACAGGCCAGAGCUGGAACCGCAGCGCUCCGCACAGACAGUCAGUCUGCUGAACUGCCUCCCUGAAGUGGAAAAGGCCACUCUGACGGUACUGCUGAACCACCUGAGCCGGGUCGCCUCCUUCAGCGGCUCCAACCGGAUGACGUCACAGAACCUGGCGGUGUGUUUCGGGCCGGUGCUGCUCACCCCGAGUCCGGACCCCUCGAGGCAGGGGGCAGGGCGCAGCUUCGCUCACUCUGAAGAGAUCGCCAGCGCCGUGGACUUCAAGAGGCACAUCGAGGCGCUGCACUACCUGCUGCAGCUGUGGCCACUCCCAAGCAAAGAUCCAGUUCGGGACUCCCCAGUCUUGGACCAGCCUGUGUCCCAGAGUUCCUUGCAGCCUCGGCCACGCCCCCUUCUCCAUCUGGACCUACCCAAGGACUCGGUGGUGUCGCGCAGGGGGCGUGGCCGACUGGAGAGCCCGCCCUGUAACCGCUACGCGGGUGACUGGAGCGUGUGUGGGCGGGACUUCCUCCCAGCCCCGGAGGCAGACUAUGAUGAAGUGGCAGCCACUGACAGCGAGGAAGAGGAGGGGGAGAGGGGGCUGUGGGGCCCGCAAGGGAAUCUGUUCCCCCGGGACUUCAGCCUGGACCCCAAAACCAUCGAUCUGGACGCCCCUUUCACCACCAGACUCAGCCUGAAGGAUUUCGACACCUUGAUUUCCGAUCUGGAACGAGAACUCGCCAAACAAAUUCACAUCUGCCUCUGAAAGCGACGUCUCUUUCACAGACCGCCACGUACUUCAAAACAGCCAUUCAGCUUCAAGGACUGACAUUUUAGUAAUAAAAUAUAGAAUAAAGAAUUUGGACACACACACACACAAAAAGGAAAUGCGGUACCUGCCAUCUUUAGCACAUACUUGUGUGUGCCGCACCUGGCCCUGGCAUGACUCAUUUGCAGAAGUAAUCUCCUGAUUUGUGUUUUGUGAUAUAUCACAGCUUCUUAUCCCUGUUUAGAAGUCAGUUUCAGUCUGGCAACUUCCCUGAAAGAACUAGAGACGGGUCACAUGUCCACAACAGACCUGUCACAGUAAAUCAGUGCAGGACCAGUAUUCUAUUGACAGUGUUUUGGCAGGUGUUUCUAUUUUCUUUGUCAUCAUUCUACAAGCUUUAACUCCUGGGGUAUUUAAAGAGAAAUAUUUUGAUAUAUUACAUUAGGUCAGUGCAGAACAGGGAAGGGAGUUCUAUAUCAAAACAAAUGUCAUGUAUUUGACUUCAUGCUUUGUGAAUCAGGACCCUAUUCUCAGAAGUAGGAUGUGCCUCUUUGGUUUCCUUUGAUAAAACAUUGACGAGAUCCUGUCGGAGAAUCACGCCCUGUCCGGAUCAAAGUUCAGUUCUCGAUCCACGAACGUGUGGUCCGGUUCAGAAAUCAGAGGCUGUUUCUUAAAGCUUCAGAAAAGAUUGGAUGAUUCAAAACUUUAAAGAACGUUUUUGAUCUAGUCCUUAAAGGACCAGUUCCCAUUCCCAGUCCCUUUCAAUCAAUUCCAGCACAUCGGUGAUCAAAAUUGCAAUUGGCAGUAUUCUGUUAAAAAGAGCUUCUCGCGGGGGCAGCAAAUUACAAAAACUGAAGUCGCUGCUACUGCGUCAAUUAAACUGACUUCAAAUGAAAGCAGCUGAAUGAUCAGUUAUGAUGGGAACUGGGAAGUGAUUUUAAAAAGGAACUGGAA